AUGUCUCGGUUUCUAGAUAAAGUCGUGUUUGUGACGGACGGCACCAGUGGGCUAGGUGCUGCUACCUGCCAACUCUUCAUCAAUGAGGGAGCCAGAGUGUUCGUGACAGAUGAGAUUCGCGUCAAUGUAAUAUGCCCAGGGCUGAUGGACACUCCUAUGGUCAACCAUCUCACCAAGGAGGCGGCCGUCGUGCAAAAAACCAGGAUACCAUUCCUUUGGGUAGACCUGCUGAUCCGGCGGAGGUAG